AUGAGCGGCUACAGUCGGCUGCUGAACAUGAGCGUCUACAGUCGGCUGCUGAACAUGAGCGUCUACAGUCGGCUGCUGAACACGAGCGUCUACAGUCGGCUGCUAAACAUGAGCGUCUACAGUCGGCUGCUGAACACGAGCGGCUACAGUCGGCUGCUGAACAUGAGCGUCUACAGUCGGCUGCUGAACACGAGCGUCUACAGUCGGCUGCUAAACAUGAGCGUCUACAGUCGGCUGCUAAACAUGAGCGGCUACAGUCGGCUGCUGAACACGAGCGUCUACAGUCGGCUGCUGAACACGAGCGUCUACAGUCGGCUGCUGAACACGAGGGUCUACAGUCGGCUGCUGAACAUGAGCGUCUACAGUCGGCUGCUGAACACGAGCGGCUACAGUCGGCUGCUAAACCUGAGCGGCUACAGUCGGCUGCUGAACACGAGCGUCUACAGUCGGCUGCUGAACAUGAGCGUCUACAGUCGGCUGCUAAACAUGAGCGUCUACAGUCGGCUGCUGAACACGAGCGGCUACAGUCGGCUGCUAAACAUGAGCGGCUACAGUCGGCUGCUAAAAAUGAGCGUCUACAGUCGGCUGCUGAACACGAGCGGCUACAGUCGGUGCUAA